GAAACCUUGCUUGCUGUUGCUGGAAAGUGUGCGUAAUCAGCAAAGCAGAGAGGGCCUCGAGCAAGGGAGCGCCUGCAGCCCACGUUACCCAAGCCACCAUGUUUAGCUCGGGGCUAAUCAGAGGAUAAUCUCAGUCUCCUGGUGAUUUCCAGCAGAACAGCAGCAGCAGCACACAGAGGCACACGCAGACGCAGGAGAGGUUGCGGCGCUCUCCUAUAGGCCCCUGCCUCCGCAUCUCUGUAUGCGAUCAGGGCUGUCGGGGCGCACCAGGGACAGCAGCGGGGGUUGUUUACGCAUCUCUCCAUCUCCCAGGAACAGCGGUGAAGCCGGCUAGAUAUUGUCAUCUGUUUAUGGCACCAGAUAAGGCCACUUCAAUCCGAUCAGUGACCCUCCCCGGACCUAGCCCUCUGUAAUAAGACGCAGGCCAGGGCGAGUCACAUAUUACUCCGAGCAAUCCUCACACGCCAUCAGCAGGUCUCGGGUUAUUGCGUGUUUUCUUUCUUUCUUCUUUCUUUUUUUUUUUUUUUUUUUUCCCCUUCGUACUCUGACGUCCAUGCCAACCGUACACAGCACAGGGCACCCAGGGGUAAGAUGACUCUGCGACCGAGUGGCUGCUGCUGCUGUUGCUGCCGUGGUCUGGUCAGCGCGGGGAGGAGGAAUACCACAGUGAAGUGUCAGGAGAGCCAGGGGCCGUAUCGAGUGGCGGGAUUGGUUGGAGAGAGCUUUGAGAGUGUCAUCGUUGGCACGGGCGCCCGAUGAGGCUAAGCUUCUGGAGGAUUAGAGCACGAGGAGAUGUAAAAUGCUGUUGGCUAAUUGGGCUUUAUUUUUAACAUUUCAAACGGUUUACGUUUAAGGCUAAAUUGGCAAAGGAUUUAGAAAUCUGCUGUAGUCAGGGGAGAGCCACUCUGGAAACUAGGCUACGAGUAGGCGAUAUAAUCUAGUGGGUAACAUAGAUAUGAUUGUUCAUGCGCCCGAUCCGUAGUACUAUUUUAAGCUAAAGGGUUUGCCUUUACCUUUUUUUUUUUAAUGCGUGACAUUUAACUCAAUUGUGAGCCCAUUUCCCUAUUUCACAACAAAAGAGGCCAUCCAACAAUCCCUCUCAAAGUUCACCCUAAUUUCCAAACCCAGCCCAAGUCAAUCCACCCUCCAGAAAUAAUGUUACAAAACCCACUUUCUUGUGACUUCUUCUCUCCCCCGCCGUCCCGCUAUAACAACACCACAAUACGUUGCCUUUUGGGUGCUGGCAUGGCUGCCACAUGAUCUAAUGUGAUCAGAAUCUCCUAUUCCUCAAAAGGCUUCCUGCUCACAGCUAGAGCCCCUCGUUCGUAACGCAACACCACAGCUCUACCUUUUGUCGCUUUCAGCUGACUCUAGGUGAGGGGGGGGGUCGGACAUCUUGCUCAAGGAUGCCUGCGGGCAGUCUGUCACCAUCAGGGGUUGGAACCUGGCCACGUUUGCGCCGGGGAGUCAGAACACCCCAGCUAUGCGGUGUCACGUUGCCCAGGGAUGGAGGAGGAGGAGGAGGCGGCGCUCGGGAGGGAUCACGGGGGCAGGCGGUCAUCGCCAUGGUGCCCUGCCGUGUCGGCCUCUUGUUUUAUCAUCAGCUGCAGCACUUCUCAAGGCCCCAGUGUGUGGGUGUGUUGCUUUCUGUGCACACUGCGUACUGGAGGAGGGGGCGCCGCUUAAAUGGGAGCCUUUAUAACUUCCUAACCCUCCGGCCCUGUUAGCAGCCAUUGUUGAGCAUGGUGAAUGGUAUCUCCGUGCCUUGAAAAGUAGCCAGAUGACAUUCUUCCUGUUGUUGGAAAGAGCCUGCGGGAUGUGUUUUUGAAAAGCAUUUGAAAGGAUAGGCGAACGCUGUGACCUUCACCGGCUAAUCUCUGGCACGUCAUUCAACGCUCGUUUGAAGCAAAUCCAGGCUUUCUUUUUCUCUUACUGAUAGGAGCCGCAGCGUUCUUUUUAAGUUCAUGCCGUAUCAGGGCAGGCCACUGUUCCCUUUCCUUGAACCACUACUCGAAAGAAGCCAGAAGGUCUUUUUUUUUUUCUUUUUUUUUUUUUCUCUCUCGCUCUCUCUGUUUGCAACUGAGCUGAAUUGUUAUUCUGGCCAAGCAGUGCGUUUGACACCUACGUUGUCCAAACAUUUCUCCGGCCUGUGACUGAGCCCUCUGUACAUAGACCUGUGGGCUUCUACAGCACCUAUGCACCGCAUGCUCAAACACUUGGACGAAAUACGUUUAGAGGGCUGUACAAGAAAACCAAAGCUGUGGUGGGGAUUUUGUCGCGGUCCAUCCAGCCUGGGUUGUUUACGUCUCCUCCGCUUAAAUGUGUUUUGUAGUACAGAGCUGCCUGCGUUUCCUGGAAUGUGUGUGGAUUCAGCCUCUCUCUCUCUGUGCGGGGAUGUUGGCCGUAAUCACAGUUCAUAGUUCCACCUGGUAGGCGGACUGGACUAGGCGAACACCGAACUGUGAGGAGAAGUGCGUGUCCCAUGUUGCAUUAGUGUCUAUGUGAAAUGCUGGCCUGUCUGCCAGGGCCAGGUGACCUCUCCCUCCAGCUUCUCCCCCACACGCAGAUGAACACUGGACCUCAGAAAUGGGACACCACACAGAGGAUGAGAUCCGCCCCGUUCCCCACCCCGGCAGAACUGGACGCCUUUGCUAAGAAGGCAGCCCACCAGCCCCUCACCAUCAAGAUCUUCCCCAACAGCGUCAAGGUGCCGCAGAGGAACCACGUGAGGCGCACCGUCAACGGGCUGGACACGUCGGGCCAGCGCUACAGCCCCUACCCGCCCUCCCAGGCCCGCAGCGGCCUGCUGGCCGUGGUGCGGCCCGCCGUGGCCCGGGCCCCCGCGGCCCGCGGCGUGCUCAAGGACUCGGACGGCAGCCGCGCCCGCCCGCACCCCGACCCCGACGGCCCCUACGCGGGGGCCCCGUCCAGCACUUUAAACCACCACCUCCAUCAACACCACCCACACCCCCCCCCCCCGCAGCAGCAGCAGCAGCAGCAGCAGCAGCAGCAGCAGCAGCAGCACCACCCCCACCCCCAGCAGGGCCCCCCGGCCCAGGCCCACCCCCAGACCCUGGAGGCGCUGUCCCAGAGCCUGGGGCUCCGCCACCCCGCCCCCCCCAUGGCCCCGCACCACCCCCAGGGCCUGGCCCGACCUCUGGCCGAGCCCUCCGGUCUGGGCCCCCCUCAGGGCCACGCCGCCGCUGCCCCCGCCCUCAUGCUCCACCCUCAGCAGCAGCAGCACCUCCUCCUCCAGCAGCAGGCGCUGGCGCCCGGCGGCCCCCCGGGCGCCCGGAAGCCCCCCGAGGGCGAGGCGCCGCCCAACGUCACCGUCUCUACCUCAACCAUCCCGCUGUCCAUGGCGGCGGGCCCCCACCACCACGGGCCCCAGGCGGACCUGAGCGCCAUCGUGCACCAGAUCAGCCAGUUCUGCCAGGCGCGGGCGCACGGCGCCGGCGCCACGGCGGUGUGCGAGGGGCAGAUCGCCAACCCCAGCCCCAUCAGCCGCAACCUGCUCAUCAACGCCUGCUCCCGGGUGUCGGUGCACGGCCUCCACCCCGGGUACCCCCCGCCGCCCGAGCAGGCCAGCGGGCCGGCCCCCCCACCACCAAACGUGGCGGCCAUGAACCACCUGGCGGCGGCGUAUCACCACGGCGACAUGAAGCCCCACCCCCUCCAGCUGCACAUGCACGGCCAGCAGACUCACCCCCACGGCGGGGCGCAGCAGCAGCAGCAGCAGCAGCAGCAGCAGCAGCAGCAGCAGCAGCAGGAGCUGAAGCUGCGCUCCUGGAACCAGCAUCCAUUGGCCCACAUGCCCCACAUGCAGAACGGGCUGAGCCACCCCUGCUCGCUGGCCGGCCGCGACCCGGGCUUCCCCUGCAAGGGCCUGGGCUACCCCCAUCCCGAGGUGUGCGUGGGCCAGCCUUACAGCCUGAAACCCCCCAUGGAGAGGCCCACGCCCUCGCCACCGGUCCUCCACAACAACAACAACAACAACAACAGCAACGGCAUGGCCUGUCACAUGACCCACUACGGCAACGCCCACUACUUCCAGCCCAGCAUGUGGAACAGCAGCAUCCUGCCCACGCCCAACAGCGACAGCUCCGGCUCCCAGGACAUGGGCCUGCCCUUCCACUCCUCCUCCUCCUCCACCAACAACACCACCACCACCACCACCACCACCACCGUGCUUGACUGCGGCCCCCAAGGGGGGGGCCAUUACCGGCUGGGGACGGGGACGGCCCCCGCCGCCCAGACUAAUCUGAUGCAAACGGCCGAUUACUUGGGCGGGGAUUUCCAGACGCCCUACUUACGUGAUCACAAUCUGGGCCUGAUGGGCAAGAUGCACAGGCCUCCCCUGAGCCGGGUGGGCCCUGAGCUGGGCGACGGCUGCUCCAUGCUCCUCCAACAUCCAGGGUACAGAUAAGCUAUCGCCUUGUCGACUCAAGCUAGGAGAGAAAGCCCUUUUGUUUAGUCUUAAAGGAAAAGGGGGUUGGGUAAGCAGUGGAAAAUGAAACUAAAUUCAUAACUUAAACUAUGAUUGCUAAUAUUGUAAAACAGGAUACAUAUAUUUAAGGAAAAGCGUUAGUUUAUUAUUUUUUUUUAAUUAAUCUUGCAAGUGAUCAAUUGUUUUUCGUUUUUUUUUCUUUUGUAGCGAGCGAGUGCUUUUUAUCCAGGCAUUCUAGGGGGCCACGGAGCCCUGAGCGUGCGUGCGUGUGCGUGAGCCUGUGCACGUGCUUGUUGUCAUUCCUAGCGUCCCGACCGUAUCAUCAUAACGUGUCCGUCGGCGCACGUGGAUCCUCAGUUAUUCCCGUGACCGAACCUCUGCUAAAGUGUUGUUCAAUGAGGCCCUCGCGUCAGAUCGUAGACCUCCUUGUCGGCUCCAACGCUCUUGUUUGUGUUAGCAGGGUCAUGUCAGGAAUCCUCCCCCAGCAACCUCCCAAAGUAUUCAUCUCAGUUCACACUCGAAUCUCGCCGAGACUUCAAGAUGAAACGGAUUCUUAACGGCUGCGACUACUGACUUUGUUUUUUUUGGGGGGGGGGGUUGUUUUUGGUGCAAAUGCCAAACAUCAAGACACUACAAAGUUAGAACUGGGGAGGCUAGCUGUAUGCACAUUUACAGAGUGUUUGGAUCUUUAUUUCUUUUGUAUGUUUAUUUAUUUUGUCUAAUAGGACUGUUGCUGAAUCAGGUCACUGAUCAAAGUUCAUUAUUCCUCUCUUGUCAGCUACGAGAACGUGUGUAAUCAGGUUGUUUGUACAUAGUCUAGACACAGCAGGGGGGGGGGCAAACGUGUGGACACACUUUAGCUCCGUCCUGCUCAAAAUGCUGCACGCAAUUCAGGUGUCGGUCUUCGUGUUAUUGAUUUUAUUUAUUAUUUUUUUUCCUAGUUUUCGUCUCGUCUUUCUGUUUGUCGGUUUAACGUGGAGGUUUGGCGACACGAUUGUGAAAGGCUUUCUCUCAGUACUGAUUAAGUAAAGAAAUGACUAACUGACAUCUUAAAUGGCCAAAGUCAGGUCAACGGUGACAUGUUGUUCUGAAGACGUGCCAUCUCUUUGCAGAUUGUUUUUUCUCGUAUAUUAAAAAGAAAUGUUCUACUUGAAUAGAGACCGGGUUGUCGACGGCGACCGUGAUGAGCUGGAGGAACGUUUGCACGUCGCUCUUUAGCAAUUAAACCAUGAACCAAACCACAGUUUCAACCACGAUUUUGUUGGAAACCACAGCAGUAAAUGUGAUUAAGUUAUGACUAGUUUGCUACUGAUUGGUUUUUCUUGAGAAAAGACCAAAUUGAUCACUUGCAAGAUCACUUGGAGGUGAGAGAGAGAGAGCGAGAGAAAGGGGGAGAGAGAGCAAGAGAGAGAGAGAGAGGGAGGGGAAGGAUUUCUGAGUCAAAGUGAAACAGCAAAUGGAUUGUUCGCUUUAUUGUACACUGGCUUACCUACUAGACUACUGUAACUUCUGUAAUGAUUGAACAUAUAACGUGUGUGUGUGUGUGUGUGUGUGUGUGUGUGUGUGUGUGUGUGUGUGUGUGUGUGUGUGUGUGUGUCCGGUUGCCCUCCCUCGACAGCCCUUAUAAAGCCUUAAGUAUUUGGUCCUUGGACUUUCCUUUGAAAAACUAAGCAUGGUUUAAAUAAAUAAAGUUAAAAAAAAAACAAGAAAACAAUAAUUUAAAAAAUGAAGGCAAUGAUGCACAGAAGCAGCAGUUUUGCGGUUUUCCAUCGGUUGUUUUUAUUUUUAAUGAAGUUUAUGUUGAAUAGAGGGAACAAUUACUUAGAGAUUCUUUCUUAUGGAAAGCAAGAAAUUGAGUAAUAUUUUGUAAUUAUAUAUUUUAGAGCAAUGUGUAGUUACUGGGCUGUAACUCCUCCCUUUUUUUUUCUUCUUUUUUUUUUUCUUCACCCGACUUUCAAAGCUUGAGUUUGAAAUUGUGACUAUUUAUAAUACUUGAUUCGCUUGUUAUUUAAAUCUUAUUUUCCUCUUGGUUUCUUGUACUAUUGCUGUGAAUUGGAAGGAGGUCCGGCAGCCUUCCCGGAGUCAUGCUGUAGGGCCGGCGAGAAGCAAGGGUGUGCGAGUUGUGCUAGUCUUUUUGUAAUAUUGUAAUAAUAAAAUAAAGUUCUAAUUUAUGGUUCAACGUCGUCACGCCUCUUCCAAUUCAACACUGCGGCAAACUCGAACCUCCAGGUGAAAUAUCAACGUACUUACAUUAUCUCCACUGUAGGUGUAAUAAGAGUAUUGGAAUAAUUUAUUAAUCCUCAGAUUGUUUAGUGUGUGUGUGUGUGUGUGUGUGUGUCCAGAUUUACAGUGGUUGGCACUUCGCACGGAGGGUGAUGACGUCUUCACUUUUUUUUUGGUGUUCUUUCACGCCAUUAAUCCAGCCGCCUGAGUCUGACGCUGUCAAAUGGAAACAGGAAGUACUGUAGAGUAGACGCAGACAUGCUGGGAAAUCCGCAGGGCUCUUUGGCUGGAGUAGAAGCUGUCUGUCUGAGAGAUCUUUAUAAAUGGGGU